CGCUUCGGCUUAAUGAAAAGUUGAACAGGUUUCAACUAAAGGCAUUCCCGGCGGAAUCCAUUUAUACUUUGUCUUCUUUUUACUUUUAGUUUGUCACACAAACGCUCAGCACCUGGUUGGGUAGGAUUUUACUUUUGUGUCCUCCACUACCUCCGUUCGUGUUCUCUUUGUGCCCUUUUGGAACAAGGCUUUGCAAGGUUUAUGUUACGUAGACAAGCCACAGAGGGAGAAAAGCAGGCAGGUGAGCGUGAAGUAGUGCAACCUCGGUAAUGCAGUUUAUAUAGGGCCAUUAUGAAUGGCUAAGAGAGCCCGAUAAGGACAGAGCAGAAAAGAGGACAGGUGUUUCUUCUCAAGAAGAAAAAGUCACGGUGAACCAAGAGUGAAAUGUAGAAGACUUGUACUGCGUCCUGGCGAGUACCGCACGCGGGGAAAAGGACCUGCAGUAGCAGGUAGUGUGGUGGAGCCGCAGAGCGGACUUCCAUCGCCCAGUCCACGAAACCACCUGCUCAGUCCUGAAUCACACAUGGAUGUUCAGGGUUAUAAAUGGGUGCGCUGGCGAAUGUGGUUGUGCCGUCUGGCUGCUGUGCUGUCCUUGGGUCUCCUCCUGAUUGUGUUUCACUGGCGCCCAAGGCUUGCUGUCCUUGCCCGCUGCUGCUCGUGCCCUCUGGCUUUGGCGGAUAUUCUGCUAAUAAGAGACAGUUUCGGCCAGCAUCAUGUGGUGGAGGUCUUCACAGAGGAGGUGGAGGAGGGCAGUUUGCAGUUGUUGGGACAGCUGGAGGACACUGAAUGGAGAGAUACCGUUCAGCUGUACAAGGAUGAGAAAACGCUUCUGCGCUACUACCUGUUUGAAGGACUGCGCUACAUCUGGCUGGACAGGAAAGGAGCUUUCUGUCGUGUUAGUGUCCUCAAUGAGGACUGGACCUGCAAGGACCUGUAUAGCUUCCAAAAGGGCCUGAGUCACCUGGAGCAGAGCUUUAGGAGACGCAUGUACGGGCUCAACCUUAUUGAUGUGCCUGUGAAGCCUUACAUAAAACUGCUGUUUGAGGAGGUCCUCAACCCAUUCUAUGUGUUCCAGUUGUUCAGCAUCACCCUGUGGAUGAUUGAUCAUUAUUUUGUUUACGCCAUAUGUAUAUUCAUUAUCUCUAUUUUGUCCAUAAGUAUCUCACUUUAUGAGAUCCGCAAGCAAAGCAUCACUCUUUGCAACAUGGCCCGGUUGGUCACAAAUGUCACAAUCCGGAGAAACUCAGGAGUGGAGGAGUGUGUGAGCUCGUUGGAACUUGUCCCCGGCGACUGUCUAAUCAUCCCUCAGGAAGGUCUGCUGCUGCCCUGUGAUGCUGCCCUGCUGGCUGGGGAGUGCCUGGUCAACGAGAGCAUGCUCACAGGUGAAAGUGUCCCAGUGUUGAAAACCCCACUGCCGGCUGGUGAGGGGACAUACAGUUCAGAGACUGAGCGCAGACACACCCUUUUCUGUGGUACCCAGCUCAUUCAGGCCAAAGGGGGAGGGCCGGGAGGCGUUGGUGCUGUUGCCGUGGUCACAAGCACUGGGUUUUUCACAGCCAAAGGUAACCUGGUCAGCUCCAUUUUGUAUCCUCAGCCAACCAACUUUCGCUUCUACCAAGAUUCUGCCAAGUUCCUUUUCAUGCUGUGUUUUGUUGCUUUUAUUGGCACCAUUUACAGCUUUGUGGUCCUCUUCAGAACCAAUGUGACCUGGUUGGAGUUGGUGAUUAGGAGCCUGGAUAUUGUGACCAUCGCAGUGCCUCCUGCUCUGCCUGCUGCUAUAACCACUGGCACUAUCUACGCCCAGCACAGGCUGAAGAGGCAGGGCGUCUUCUGCAUCAGUCCACCACGCAUCAACAUCUGUGGCAAGGUCUCACUCUUCUGCUUUGACAAGACAGGAACUCUUACAGAGGAGGGUUUGGAUGUGUGGGGAGUGAUGGAGGGGGGACCUGCUGGUUUCUCAGAGCUGCUCCCAGAGCCCAGGCUGCUUCCUCCAGGGCCAAUGCUGUCAGGCCUGGCCUGCUCCCACACUGUGACGCUAUUGCGAGGUCAGCCCCUUGGAGACCCUCUGGAGCUCAAAAUGGUCGAGUCCACAGGUUGGACACUCCAGGAGCCAGAGGGAAAUGGAAAGACGCUGGAUGCAGAGUUUGGAGGCCACAGAGUUUUGGCUGUUAUGAGACCUCCUACUCAACGGCUCCAAGCUCAAGGAAGUUCAACAAGCGAGGCGGUGGCCAUCGUUCAGAGGUUUCCCUUCUCCUCAGCUCUGCAGAGAAUGAGUGUGGUGACGGUUUCCUGCAGAGGAGACUCUGCUCUCGCUUUCAUCAAAGGAUCCCCAGAGAUGGUGGCAACCCUCUGCCGAGCAGAAACUAUUCCGGCACAGUUCUCCAGCAAACUGCACAACUUCUCCAGUGAAGGCCUUAGGGUUCUUGCACUCGCUUGUAAACCAUUAGACAGGAACACUGACUUUAGGACCAUUGAACGAGGGGAGGUAGAGAAAGACAUGCAGUUCCUAGGCUUGCUGAUGAUGAAGAACCUGGUGAAGCCAGAGAGUGCUAAGGCUAUCAACGUACUGAGAAUGGCACAUCUUCGCACGGUCAUGGUCACUGGGGACAACAUUUUAACAGCAGUCAAUGUAGCAAAAAGCUGUGGGAUGGUGGGGUCUGAUGAGAAGGUGAUAUUUGUCAAUGCAACCCCCCCCACUGCCCAGUCCAUGGCCACCUUGAGGUUCAGCCUGGAAGGAGGAGGGGACACUGCUGCCCAAAAUUCCAUAGAGAUCGUCACUCGGGACCUGUACCAGGGUGGUUUUGGCUAUCACUUGGCUAUUAAUGGCAGGUCCUUUGCUGCCCUCUGUGACCACUUCUCUGAGUAUCUGCCAAAGGUUUUGUUGCGAGCCACAGUGUUUGCACGCAUGACCCCUGACCAGAAAACCCAGCUGGUAAAGGAGCUGCAGAAACUGAACUACCGGGUGGGCAUGUGUGGAGAUGGGGCCAAUGACUGUGGGGCCCUAAGAGCUGCUGAUGUCGGGGUUUCUCUGUCUGACGCAGAGGCUUCAGUUGCUUCACCCUUCACUUCCAAGACUGAAAACAUCAGCUGUGUGCCGCUGCUUAUCAGAGAGGGCCGAUGUUCUCUGGUCACCUCCUUCAGUCUCUUUAGAUACAUGGCUCUUUACAGCCUCAUUCAGUUCUGCUCCAUCCUCAUCCUCUACACAAUUAAGACGAGCAUGGCUGACCUGCAGUUCCUUUUCUGUGACAUUGUUGUGGUGACUCUGCUGGCCAUCGUGAUGGGGAAAGGAGGUCCCAGUGAGGAGCUUCACCCCCACAGACCUCCAGCCAGUCUGCUGACCCUGCCUGUCCUGGGCAGCCUCUUCAUCCACAUCUGCGUGGUCAUCCUGGGCCAGCUGGCUGCGCUCUUCAUCACCACCUCACAGGGCUGGUAUAUUCCACUUAAUUCCACAGUAUAUGGAACAGCCAAUCUGCCCAACAUGGAGAACACCACUGUGUUUGCCUUGUCGGGUUUCCAGUACAUCAUUAUGGCUGUGGUGGCCACCAAGGGCUACCCUCACAAGAAACCUCUCUACCACAAUGUGAUUUUCCUCUGUCUACUGUUUGUCCUCUUUGCCCUCAUGACUUGGCUGGUGGUGUAUCCUGGGACCUUUGCUUGCCAAAUACUUAAACUGUAUGACAUCUCUGAUAUGAAUUUCAAACUGCUGCUCGUCGCUCUGGCCGCUCUCAACUUACUUACUUGUUUUGUUGUGGAGGUGCUGAUAGACUUGGGUAUCCUGAACUGUCUCCGGUUGCUGCGUGGGAGGCGUCAGUCCAAGAAACAGUAUAAACGUCUGAACGUGCUUCUGUCGGACUCCCCAUCAUGGCCGCCCCUUAAUGAAACCCUCUACUCCACAGAUCACACAUUAAUCUCCCUUAGCUAGCAUCUACUUCCAUGUUGGACACAGUCACGCAAGCUGACCAAUGCUGUGGAUGUCUAAGCUACAUCCCCAACUUGACCAACAAUGCAAAGUUAUGAUUACCUGUAUUAAUAAAAACUUCUCUAAACUAUUA